UUGCGGCAAAUACAAAAUGGCGUCUUCCGACCAAAACAUUUCACCAAACAAAAAUUCACUUAUUAAUUGUAAAAGUAAAAAAUACUUAUCCGAAUUAAUUUAUUUAAUUAAGAGACCUUUAUCUGAAACUUUAAAAAGUAAUUAUACAGAUCAUAAUGUAGAUACCGAUGUAAUUUUAAAGGAUAUCAAAUCUGCCCUGUUCAGAAAUGUUCAAGUAAAUGGACAAAAUAUUCCAGCCGAAGAAACAGAUCUUGACACCACAACAGAUUACGAGGCCUUUGAUAAGGACAAGGAGUCGUAUAUCCAGAAGGAGCUGCUGGUGCGCUGGAACAACAGCCUUGAGAAGACCAUGAUUCUGAGGAAGACCACCCCUGCACAGUUACGCUCCAGGCUCAAAAAACUCAUACGGCACGAGCUCAAAUAUUUGGCCACAUGCAAUGUAGAGACGACAGAAGACCAGUGUGUGAAGUGUGAGGACUCCAAAGUGACCCAGGAGGAGGUUGAUCAACUGCUGGGGGACACAUCUUCUAAAUGGCAGUCACUUCAACAGGACAUGGAUGAUUUAGGUGAGAAAGCCAAGGAACUGCUUUACAGUGUACAGGUGUCAACAAGAUCAAAUCCGAAACUUGAUGUUUUGUAUGACACGCCCCCAACCUCCCCCAUGCAAACAGACUCUUGUGAUAUGCACUCAGAAGUGACAACUAUAGACAUUCCACUGAAACUACUCACUUGAUUGCCAUCUUGUGCUCUUUACUGGGCAUUCUGAUUCAUUCGUGCAUGUUUUAACCGGACUUUUUACCAUGAUGAAUAUCAUGAUUAUAAGCUGGCAGCAGUUUCAACAAUGUGGUUUGCAGUCAAUAAAUUAUGAUUGAAUAGACCGAUAUUGAUGACACUGGCAUGCAGCAAUCUCUCAUGGUGACUUGGGAUUGUAUUGAGGCUCAGUGGAGUCAAGCAUGCUGUUACUAUUGAUAACAAUAUGUUGAGAUCAAUAACUCUCUGUUAAAGGGGCCUUUUCACGUUUUGUUAAAUUGACAAAAUUUUAAAAAAAUUGUUUCAGAUUUGCUAAUUUUCGUUGUAGUUAUGAUAUCUGUAAAGAAACAGUAAUACUGAACAUUUACAAUGCUCUAAAAUGUCCAUUACAUGCAUCUUUUGACAAUUUAAAACCUGAAAAUUAUAAAGCGUUGCAAUGCGAAACAAUUGAAUAAUUUGGAGAGUGUUGUUGUUGUUGUUAUAUUUUGUGAUACUAUGAGGAUUGCUUAUAAAAAGUUUAAAAUACAUCACUCAUUGUAUGAGCACAGAUGGCCAAGUGGUCCAAGCGAUAGACUAACUCCAGGGGUUACUUGUUCGAGCCCAGUUGAGGGUUACUUUUUUUGUCCCCAACCGGUGAAACUGGAGAGGACUUGUGGUUUGCGCUCUGUCAGUCUGUCCGUCAGUCUGUCCGUCACACUUUUUUGGAUCCUGCGAUAACUUUAAAAGUUCUUCAUAUUUGUUCAUGAAACUUAAAAUAUGGAUAGAUGGCAAUAUGGAGAUUAUGCACGUCAUUUCAUUUUGUUACUACAUCAAUAAUUAUGGUUGCUAUGGCAACAAAUAUAUAUAUAAAAAAAAUCUGACAAUGGUGGAGUUUCACCAGUAGGGGACCAUAUUGCUUGGCAAUCUUUUGUUCUUUCUUUAAUUUUAUUAUUGUUUUUUUUUUACUGGAGCUUUUUAAAUCCAAUGCUUAAAUUUAUCAAUAUAAAGCUUUUAAUGACAAACUUCAAUACAUACCAAAAUCUGUGAAAAGGCCCCUUUAAGGUAAUGUUAAUACAGACCUAGCUUGUAAUUGCAUAAUUAUUGUAUACAUUAAAAUGCAAAAUGAUAAAAUGUAUAAUCCUGGUUUCAUGGCAUUGCAAAGAGCCUAUUUGUAAUGUUGUUGUAAUGCUGUUAGUAUUUAUCAGUGUUUAUUAGCCUGAUCAUUUAGCGGAAAGGGGUUGGGUUCUUCAUUAUUUGGAGACUGAUGACUUCUAUGAAAUUCAUUGUACAAUAUUCACCUGCUCAUUUUACAAAUAUGACUAUGAAUUAUAUUACACCUGUUUGUAAACAUCGUUGCAUAAAUUUCUCAAAACACUUGUUUGAAACAUGUGCCAAAUGUAUGAUGUGCAUGUACAUUGUUAAAUCUAGACUCGUACCAUAGUGUAGCUACUUAAAUCGAUAUGUUUCAAACUUAAUUUUUUUUGUCCCCUACCGGUUUCACCGGAGGGGACUUAUGGUUUGCGCUUUGUGCGUCUGUGAGUCUGACUGUCUGUCACACUUUUCUGGAUCCUGCGAUAACUUCAAAAGUUCUUAAUAUUUUUUUAUAAAACUUGCAACAUGGAUAGAUGGCAAUAUGGACAUUAUGCACAUCAUUUCAUUUUGUUCCUACGUCAAAAAUUGUGGUUGCUAUGGCAACCAAAAAAAAUGGUGGAAUUUCUGACAAUGGUGGAGCCGGUAGGGGACCAUAUUGCUUGACAAUAGCCUUGUAAAUCUUUAGGAAAGCAAGUUUCCUAUACUGAACUGUUACCUGAAUAACAUCCCAUGUAGUGAUGACUGUCUUUUCUGUGUGAAUUUUGUGAAUGGAUUUUAAUCAAGUUGCUUUAUUGUAUUUUUUGAAGGCAAACCUUUAGGAUGGUUGUUAUUGUUGAAUGAUUACUUGUAUAAAGAUGGUCCAAUUGAGUGUAUUUAUGUCUUACCUAAAUGAAUUAAUGCACGUGCAAUUUUUACUUGAAUAUUAUUAAUAUAAAUGUCACUUUAAUGUGAUAA